UCUGAAUCAACAAUAAAGAAUUGUUCAACAAAUGAAGAAUUAUUUAAAAAAUUUGGUGCAAUGCUUGGAUUACCACAACAUCAAAUUUUAACAUUUUUCGGUGUUGAUUCGAAGAAAUAUGGUGAUUUACAAUUUGAUGAAUUAUUGGCAACUUUUAGAGAAUCUCUAACUAAACAUUUAGAAGAGAAGGAGAAAAAGAAACUUGAAACUGGUGGAAAAAGCCCAGCAGCAUCUGGAAGUCAUUUGGAACAGUCACAGCCUCAACACCAAUUUUUACAAGAACAACAAAAUUUAUUAAACGUUUCAAACGAAUUAGAAGCAGCAAUGGAAAUUAGCAGUACUUCCUCUUCAUCUUCUGGAAUAUUUCUACCCCCACCACCAGCACCACCUCCAAUGUUGUGUAGCACCAAUAAUUCAUCAUUUCCUUCAACAAGUAGAGAAGCUGUGGUGGGAGAUGAAGGAAAAAGUCCUAUUUUAAUUUCGGACACUUCAAUUAGUCCACAGCAGCAGCAACAAAUAAAAUCACCACCAACUUUAUUUCCACAAAGUCAACUUGUUUUUACUAGGCCGCCACCACCUAUACCCACAACAAUAAUAAGAGCUCCUCUUCUGCCCCCAUCACAGCACCACCAACUACCACCACCUAUAACAACACAACAUCAAUUUCUUUAUCCUCCUCCUCAAAUAGAAAAUAUAAGCAGAAGUCAAGUUUUAGCUUCAGGUUUUUUACUUAAAUUUUAA